GAAAAUGAAAAACGUUUUCUUAAUUAUUUACAAUUACUUUAAGGCUAGGAGAUUCAAAAAGUUAAAGUAACAAUUAAAGUAAGAGCCCUUCACGAAUUUCCAUAACUUAAUUGAUAAAAGGAUUUAUUCUUCUUUUAAGUAUAACUAUUAAGUUAAACUAUUUUUUCUGUCAUUACAACUUUUCCUAUUCUUAUUAAAGGGAAACUAAGGUCAAAAUUUUUUUUUUCAUAAAAACGUUUAUUAUACUAUUUAAAAAAGAUACCUUAAAUUUUUUUUCAAAAAAAAUGUAUUUUUAUGAGGAUUUUAGAGUAAAAAGGUUAUUAUUUACAUCUCCGUUAGAGUACAUAAAAAACUCUACGAUGGAGAGCAAUGACGUAUGAUCCGCGAGUGAGUAAGUGAAACCAUACUAUAAGGUUCGCCUGAUUUGAUGUAUGAAGACAUAAAAGAUGAAUUUUACUUCUUAACUAUAAUUGUACAUUUUGUCUUUACUACUCAAAAUGCCAAGUUGCCUGGCAUAUGGAUGUUCGCAAACCACUGGGAGAGUAACUGCUAAAAAAGGUUUUUUUCAUGAUCCCAAAGCCAGUGAAUACAACUGAGAAACUUCGCGCAGCACAAUGGUUGCAUAAUAUUGGUACUGGAUUGAAUGUAGAAACAUUUCCAUUUGGGAAAAAUAAAGUUGUAUGUGAAGACCACUUCCAUCCUGACUGCAUAAAAGAUGAUUUAAAAGGACGUCUAUCGGGGAUAACGUCGAAACGGAAAGAACUACUUUGUGGAGCAGUUCCAACUAUUUUUAAACACAAAACUUACGAAUUUAUUAACAUGGAUGGCACUACCGUAUUAAAACGUGAUUCAUCUUUAAAAAGAAAAAUGCAGGAAGAAUGCCUACAUAUUUGAAGAACAUAACUAUUUUGGAAACAAGGCUACUUUCAGAAGGCUCCUCUAUAUGAAGAGUGUGACCGUAACAUCGCGCUCACAAUUGGCAAUGGCAAACCAACUUUAAAGAUUAAUUCAGUAUUCUCACCACAAGAGCAUCUAAUCACAAAAAUAAAUCAGCAAAAAUUUGUUUUAAAUUUUUCUUUCAAUGGCAUAAUUGACUGGCAUAACUGUAAGGUUUGCCUUUAAUAUUUUCUGAGCCUGAGCUUAUGGGCGUUUCUGAAAAUGGGUAAAUUCUGGAAUAUAAGAAAGUAUGAUGAUAACAAAACAUUUAUUUGGUUAAAUUUCAUCGAACCAGCCCAAAACCAUAUCAGACCAAAUGUCAAGUCAAUAGGUUAAUAUUGGAGUAUGGAACUUUUAAGUAAAAGGACACUAUAAUACCCGGUUUAGCCUUAUUUUGUGGAUUUCUUAUGUUCACUGCUUUGUAAUUAGUAUUAAAAGUCAUGAGAUAAUAUAUGUUUGAUAUCUA